GUCACUUGCACACUCAGCCUUCAACACCACAUCUCGGCUCCGGCAUCUCGCGUCCCACGCCCGUGAUUGCGUUGUUCAUCCCUCAUUUCAAGCGGUAUUCUUCGGAGCGCUACUGUUUGCAGUCGGCUAGUCUCCGCCAGCAGCUUCUUUAUUUAGCCCGGCUGCCCGCUUGACGCUUGUUGCUUCGGCAUCUUGAAGCGAGACAGGAACGCCAUCCUCUAUAUCUCGAAUCCCGCCGCUAGCCCCGGCUCUACGACAGCAUGGAUUACGGUGCAUCUAUCCAUGAGGCAGAUGAUCCUGCAGGCGCUUCGCCCUGGGGUAAUUCACCAACGUCGUCUCCUCGCCAGCAACGCUCCGGCUUCGAAGCUACUACUAGCGAUCCUGCUGCCUCAUUCCCUUACGCAUCGCAAAGCUCGGGUGGAUUGGACCAGUCGGCGGGAAGCAUCACCUCUGACUUCCAGCAGCAUGAAGCCGUCCACCCAUCUCAGGAUACAGACCACGAGACGGAUGCAUCGACAAUGGCUGACUCCAGUGUCUUUGGCCAGUCUCAACCACCGCCUCAGCAGCAACCUCGCCAUGAAGAACCCUCUUUCCCUCCCGCCCAAGGCCCUCCCAUCCCUAUUCCUGAGCAGAUCCAGCAGGCCCAACAGCAGCAGCCUCCUCAGCCUCAGUACAAGCUCCAAGCCAAGAUUACUGGGCUUGAGCGGACCGGUAAAAAGGAUCCCCUGUUGAGAUUUGAUGUUCACACCAACCUCCCCCGCUUCCGAACGACUCAAUACCGCGAUGUCCGAAGACUGCACUCCGAGUUUGUUAAGCUAGCCGACCACCUUAUCUCCGCGAAUCCCGAAGCACUCGUGCCAGCGGUACCACCUGCUGUUACUUCAGCUGGUGCAGGUACCGACGAAGAUGAGAGCAGAGUCAAGGCGUCUAUGCAGCGCUGGAUCAGCGCAAUCUGCAGCAGCGAAGUGCUUAUGCGCGAUGAUGAGAUGGUGCUGUUCGUUGAAAGUGACUUUGGCUACAGCCCGCUCGUCAAGAUGAAGCAGCCAGCCACUGGUGUUCGUCGAAAGAUUCUUAAGCAAUUUGCACCGCCCCCUGAUGAUACGCCUGAACUAGCCGAUGCCCGCCCUACGGUCAAGUUCUUUUACCUAGGCACAAUGGAUGCUGGCCAUAAAGUGGAUAAAAUGGUUAAGGCGAGACGCGGCCUCGGCCUCUCGGAAGCAGAUUUCGGUGUCAAACUCGGAGCCAUGCAUGUGCAAGAACCGCAUGCCGGCCUUGGUAAUGCUUUCAAGAAACUGGGCAAGGUUGUUCAGACCGUUGGCGAUUAUCACGCAGCACAAGCAACAGCCGAGGCUACUACCAUUGGCGACCCUCUACAGUAUCAUUCGCAGGACGCGUUUAUUGUAAAGGAGACACUCACAAACAGACAAAUCCUCACGCGCGAGUUUAUUCAGGCUCAAGAGGCUACGAUUAGCAAACUCAAUGCUGCGAACAGAUUAAAGAAUAGCAACAGCGUCCGUCCGGAUAAGGUAGACGAAGCCAUUACUCUCUUGGACGAAGCUCGACACUACGAAUCCAACCUUUAUAACAAAACGCAUCGCGUCACCCAGAAUCUCGUGCAGGAGCACCGAAAAUGGUUCGCUCGCACCGCCACUGAGUUGCGCGCUAGCAUCAGAGAGUUUGUGCUACGAGAGAUUGAGGCCGAGCGACGCACCCUGUCGGUAUUGGAGAGUGUUCGCCCUGAUAUUCGUUCCAUUGAUGGCUCUGGUGGUUUGAGUCGCCUUGGUCGUGAGUCACAUCCCACUAUUCGACGCACCAACCUAGCCGCAAGCCAAGGGCCCAAGGGUGACGCUUGGAGCGGCGUCCCUCGCCGUUCAGACGCAGUCAACCGUAGCAAUUCUGGAAGUGGAGCCGGCAAGGGGUCUGAAGAUGGCGACCGGGAGGAUAGACAAGCGGACGGCAGGCUAGGCGCCUCUGGUCUAUUCUCCGACGUGAAGGAGGAAGAGGACGAUGACAGAAUCGAUGCGCGAAACGCGGCAAGCCGACUAGCAGCAAGCACGUUUUAGGUUUUAUUGUAGUUGAAAACUGGCGUGUAUCCGUGCAGAUAUUUUAGUGUAUUUAAAAUAAUAUACCUUCAUGACAUCC